UUAAUCGAUUCUACAAUUCACACAUAGCAGCAGGACAAGCAAGCGAAAAAGCAAGAGAGAGAGAGAGAGAGAGAGAGAGAGAUGUCUAGAUCAUUGGUGCAGCCCGUGGGGCAGAAGAGGCUAACGAACGUGGCGGUGGUGCGUCUGAAAAAGCGCGGCACUCGCUUCGAAAUCGCUUGUUACAAGAACAAGGUCCUCUCAUGGCGGUCUGGCGUAGAGAAAGAUUUGGAUGAAGUGCUACAAUCACAUACCGUUUACAUGAAUGUCUCGAAAGGUAUUCUUGCCAAGACAAAAGAUUUGAAAGCUGCAUUUGAUUCAGAUGAUCAGACCAAGAUUUGUUUGGAGAUUUUGGACAAAGGAGAGCUUCAAGUGGCUGGGAAAGAGAGGGAAUCUCAGUUGUCCAGUCAGUUUCGAGACAUUGCCACCAUUGUUAUGCAGAAAACCUAUAAUCCCGAAACUCGACGCCCUUACACUAUUAGCUUGAUUGAGAGUCUAAUGCAUGAAAUUCACUUUGCUGUAGAUCCACAUCGAGGUUCGAAGAAGCAGGCUCUGGAAGUUAUUCAUGAGCUUCAGAAGCACUUCCCGAUAAAACGGUCUCCAAUGAGAUUGCGACUCAUAGUACCUGAACAAGAAUUUUCAUCCCUUUCUGAGAAGCUGACUGCCUGGAAUGCUACAAUAGUUUCGAAAGAUCAAACUGGAAGUCAGAUAUCUAUUAUUUGUGAAUUGGAUCCUGGUUUUUAUCGUGACUGCGAGGGAUUGAUGAUGAAGUUGCAUGGGAGAUAUGAAGUUCUUGCACUCUCUGUGCAUGCUGAGGGUGACACUGUUAUUGAUCAAUACGAUGAUCACGAGGAUGAACCAUUGCGCUCGCUCAAUGAGUCCUCUGAUUUUGACUUAUCAAAGAAAAAAGAAUCUACUGAUUCUGACUUAUUGAAAAAGGAGUUGGCUGAUCCUAUGCUAAAACUGAGCAAUGAAAUGCAAAAACAGUGCAUUUCUACGGGGAAAGGAACUGUUGCAUCGGAGGGAAAGCAGAACAAAUGCAACACAUGCAAUGCGUUUGUGGGUGAUUCCAAGCAGUACAGGGAUCAUUUCAAGAGUGAGUGGCACAAGCAUAACUUGAAGCGCAAAACCAGACAACUUCCUCCCCUUACUGAAGAUGAGUGUGCGGCUGACAUGGAAAUUGAUGACCAUAAGGCGGAUUUGAAGGAUUAUUCCUUUUAAUGGACGUCAAUGUUAAAAUUUGAAAGCCUGAAAUGGUUGGUCACUGAUUUACAAAAUCUGACAUACACUUCUGGGUUUAUUUUGAUUAGAGAUGAUGAAUGAAUCUGUUUUUACAAGAGAUUUGUGUAGAAUUAUUUACGCCGAAACUUAUAAUAGAAAUUCUUGGCCUAUAUCUCAAAGCCUGGCAGUGUUCCCUAUGGACUGAAAUUCCUAUGCAUCUUUGUAUUACAAAUUUUUCUCACGUA